AUGGCCGGUUCAAUCGCUAACAUGAAAAAACACUACAAUCAGAAAAGUUUUACAUAUGUACCACCAACACCGCCUGCAGAGCUCAUCGACUGUGAUAAUUUCAUACUCGACUUCGCUGAUCGAUGUGCUCGCUACGGGUUUAUAGAAGGGUCAAAAUUGGUAUUUCGAAGCAAUACCGGAAAUACCACGGAUUAUCAUAAUCAGAUGAAUGGUGAAGUGUUCAAAGAGUGGUUUAUUCAACUCCUAAAAAAUCUUGAAGAGCCAUCAGUUAUAGUCAUGGAUAAUGCACCUUACCAUUCAAUCCUCAGAGACAAAUAUCCUAAAAGUAAUUGGAGAAAAGCCGAAGUACAACACUGGUUAAAUGAAAAAAAUAUCGAGUUCCAUCCAUUGGAAACAUUAUCUGAACUUCGACAAAAAGUUAAAAACCUAUUACCACGUGAAAAAAAAUAUGAGCUGGAUGACAUUGCAAUUGAAAUGGGUCAUGAGGUAAUCCGUCUUCCACCAUACCACUGUAAGUAUAAUCCAAUCGAAUUAAUUUGGGCUCAAGUUAAGGGCCAAGUAGCGAAAUUCAACAAUACUUUUAAAAUGGUUGAUAUUGAGUGGUUAACACACGAGGCAUUAGAUGCAGUAACAAUUGACGACUGGACGAAAUGCGUUCGUCAUGCAGAAGAAAUUCAGGACGAGGACAACAAAAAAGAAAUAAUGAGGGACACCAUGAUGGAACCAAUAAUUAUGACAAUAUCACCAGAUGACAGUGACUGGAGCGAUGACGAAGAUAUUGAUGAAGAAAACCACGGAUAA